AUGGUUUUGACUACUGUUCCAUCUAGCUCAUCUACUCCGGCCACUCUUGUUGCAGCUAUUGCUUCUUCUAAACCGCGACGUUUCAACAGCCAAUACCACUAUUUUAAGGAAGAUGGCCACCGUAUUUUUGAUUGUCCUAAGAAGAAGGCUAAGGAUGCUCUUAUGGCUAAUGCAUCUUACUCUUCCAAGCCUCCUGCUGCUGAUUGCUCUUCUACAUCUUUGUCGUCACUUUCUACAGCUAAAAUUGAGGCAAUUGUCAUCCAGGUCAUAUCCCGUACUUCUACUGCUUUAUCAAUCUCCACAGUUACCCAUAGAAAGUAUUUAAAUCCCGUUCCUUUAAUUUAUACCGCUGAUGGUUCACUUAUGUCUGUUAGUCAUUUUGGUCACGUUUCCACUCCUACCCUUUUUGUACCUAACACAUAUGUUGUGGCUAACUUGUCUCUAAAUCUCCUUUUUGUUGGUCAACUUGUUGAAAGUGGUUUUAUCUUAACCUUUUCUCACAAAAGGUAUGAUAUGCAGGAUCCAAAGACAGGCCAGCUAGUUGGGACCGGGCAAAAAAUUGGUUGCCUUUUUGAGCUUACAUCUCUGCAUUUGCCUAGUUCUUGUUCUCCUCAAUCUCUUAGUGUUGCUGUGUCUUCCAGUGUUUGGCAUUCUAGUCUUGGUCAUACAUCCUUAUCUCGUGUUCAGUCUUUAGCUUCUAGUGGUUAUUUAGAUCCUGCUCGUAUCUCUACUAAGGGCGGGUCUUAUUACUUUGUUAUUUUUGUUGAUGAUUAUUCUGGAUAUACAUUGAUUUAUCUUUUGCAUGAUCGCACUGGGUUACUUAAUGCUUUUCGCGAUUUUAAGCAGAUUAUAAAAACUCAGUUUCAUCGCACCAUUAAAGUCUUUCGGUCUGAUAAUGCCAUGGAGUGUACUUCUGCUUCUUUCCUUGAAGAGCUUCAAGAGGCAGGCACUUUGUCCCAUCGAUCCUGUCUAUAUACCUCCCAACAGAAUGGCCGUGUAAAACUGUUUGGUUGUGCUUGCUUCGUCUUACUUCCACCUCAUGAACAUACAAAACUUAAACCUCGUUCUCGUCUCUGUUACUUUCUUGGUUAUGGGAUUGAACACAAGGAUUAUCGGUGCUAUGACUCCAUAGCUAAGCGUCUUCGAGUCUCUCGACAUGUUCAAUUUUGGGAACACGAAGUGUUCACUAAUAUCUUUCCACUCUCAUCCGAUUGUCUCUCAUACUCUCUCAUUUUUAUUGACCCUGCCAUAGACCUCUCUCUAGAUUUUUCCUUUAAUGUAGGUCAUGUCAGCUCAUCUGGUGAUCACUCCACGCCUAUCUCUCACGAGACUGGAUCAUCUGAUGAUUAUGCCAUUGCAUCCACCCCUCUUGAGUCCUCUGAUUUGGAUGUUCGUCGUUCUAGUAGGGUAAGAGCACCUCCUAUGCAUCUUAAUAAUUACUAUUAUUUUUCUAUUCUUGACUCUCUUCACGAGCCUCGCAAUUAUCGUGAAACUUGUUCUGACCCUGUUUGGCAGCAAGCUAUGUCUGAAGAACUUGACGUUCUUUACAAAACCAUACUUGGGAUUUGGUUGACCUGCCUCCUGGAAAGACUGGCUUUACUUAGGAGUCUGGCAUUGACUACGAGGAGACAUUUACCCCUAUUGCUCGUAUUACCUCCGUCCGUUCUCUUUUGGCUGUCGCCUCUGCACAUUGAUGGCCUUUAUUUCAAACGGAUGUCAAGAAUGCCUUCUUAUAUGAUGAUUUGGCUAAGGAGGUUUAUAUGCAGCCUCCUCCAGGGUACCUUAAUCCUCUCGAUAAGGUCUGUCGUCUCCGAUGAGCAUUAUAUGGGCUUAAGCAAGCUCCUCGUGCUUUGUUUGCCAAGUUCAGCUCCACUGUUGCACAACUUGGGUUUGCUUCUAGCCCCUAUGAUUCUACUAUUUUUACUUCAUUUUGAGAUGAAAGACCUUGGUUCUCUUAGCUACUUCCUCGGCUUAGAAGUGUCCCCUACCACUGAUGGCUACUCUUUGACCCAAGCCAAGUAUGCUUCUGAUCUUCUCACCCAUGCUGGUCUCACAGAUUGUAAGAUAGCUAAUAGUCCGCUGGAGCCCAACAUCAAACUUUGUCCUACUGAUGGGGAGCUCCUUCCUGAUUCCAUUCAUUACCGACGUCUUGUUGGGAGCCUAAUUUAUCUCACUGUUACUAGACCAGACAUCGCCUAUGCAGUGCAUCUUGUUAGCCAAUUUAUGUCAGCUCCUCGGGACCCUUUUGAUCGCCGAUCUACCACUGGUUUUCUUUUUCUACUCGGUGACUCCCUUAUCUCUUCGCGGAGCAAAAAGCAGACCGUUGUUGUUCGCUCUAGCACUGAGGCUAAGUAUCGAGCCCUUGUUGACACUAUUUCUAACCUUCUUUGGCUUCUCCAAGAUAUGGGUGUUCUUGGUGUUCCUCAGCCCUCUAGCACUCCGCUUUAUUGUGACAAUCAUAGUGCUAUCCAGAUCGCUCAUAACGAUGUCUUUUCUGAACGUACGAAACACAUUGAGAUCGACUGUCAUUUUGUUCGCCAUCAUCUUCAGGAAGGGAUGUUUCGCCUCUUGUCAGUUCCUUCGGCUGAUCAGCUGGCUGAUAUCUUCACAAAGGCUCAUCCACUUGGUCACCAUCGCUCAUUGGUGGUUUUGGGAUGCUUCGAUGCUGAUUUGCUAAUUGGUGAAUACGAUGUUCUUGAACCAUCAGCCGUUGGUGUAAACCAAGAUAAUAGUACUCACACAAUGUCUAUCAUAAACCAUCUACAAUUCAUGUUGCAAACUCUUUGCGGGAAUGCAAAACCUAAGGAAGCCAGUGGGAAAAUUGUAUCCUUGGGAUAUUUCUUUAAUUUUUCAAACACGUCAUUCAGUUUAUUAUAUAAUCCUGAUUGUGUUGGGAAUGAUACUUUGUCUGAUGGUCUUAGUUGUAUUAAUUUACAAAACGAUAUCACUUAUAGUUCAAUGCAUGUUUAUAUUGGCACUAAACGAUGUAAUAUUAAUGAAGACUCCUCUAUGUUGUGGCAUCGAAGAUUAAGACAUAUCUCUACAGAUAGAAUCAAAAGAUUAGUGAAUGAUGGGAUACUUAGUACUCUAGAUUUUACUGAUUUUGACACAUGUGUGGACUGCAUAAAGGGAAAGUAG